AUGUCAACAUCACCAACAUCCGUGGCCGCUGCUUACGCACUUCACCAUCAUCAUAUCCAUACUCAUCAUCACUUGCAUCCAUUUCAUCAUCAACAUCACCUCGACACUUCAAAUACCUUCUUUUAUCCUCCACCUCCUCCUCCGCCCACAUCAUCUGAUUCCUCAUCAAAUAAUACCAAUGACUUAGUUUUACAACAUGCCGAUAUCAAACCACCCAAUCCAUAUCUAUUUUCAAAUACGAAAAGUAUUUCACCACCGCCGCCAACAAGUCCAACCAACAAUGUAGCUACAGCAUGGCCUGUUAUCAUGCAACAUCAUCCACAUAAAGCCAUUGAAGACUAUUGGGCGUCGAAUUCUUCGAAUUAUUAUCAACCGUCAACGUAUCACCAUCAUCCGAAUUACAUGACAAAUCACCAAUUUCUUCCAUCAUCUGAACACGAACACCAUUUUCAUUCGAAUCAACCAGCUACAUCAUCAAACCAAGGUAUUUUGGAUGAUAAUGAGUUAAAUAUGAUUCCAUCACGUGCCAACAAUGAUACGGACGAUGAUGAACAUCAGUUGCAUAUAGAUAACAACGAUCUGAAUCGAUUUUCCAAGCAAUUCAAGCAAAGACGAAUUAAACUUGGUUAUACCCAAGCUGAUGUUGGUUUGGCACUUGGUAAUCUGUAUGGAAAUGUUUUUAGUCAAACAACAAUAUGCCGUUUCGAAGCAUUACAGCUAAGUUAUAAAAAUAUGUGUAAAUUACGUCCAUUGCUAGCCAAAUGGCUAGAGGAUUCGGAAUCACAAACAGGCACGACAAAUUCCAUGGAAAAGAUCGCUGCUAGUGGACGAAAACGUAAGAAACGUACGUCGAUUGAAAUCAGUAUUAAACAAGCAUUGGAGAUUCAAUUCUCACGAAAUCCUAAACCAGCCGCACAAGAUAUCGCACAGCUAGCUGAUCAGUUGCAAUUAGAGAAAGAAGUUGUUCGAGUCUGGUUUUGUAAUCGACGACAGAAAGAGAAACGUGUGACACCACCAUUAGGUGAUGGUUCAGCAUCGGCAUCAAGCAAUCAUCAUAAUCAACAUCGGAAUAUGAGAAGUCCAAGUUCACCAUCAACUUCGCAUGGUACUGGAGGAGACUAUUAUGACUAUCAUUAUCCCACACAUUUGUAA